AUGGCGAAGCAGUCGUGCUGCCACAAGAAGCGGCUGAGGAGAGGGCUCUGGUCCCCGGAGGAGGACGAGAAGCUCAUGAACCACAUUGCCAUGUACGGCCACGGCUGCUGGAGCUCCGUUCCUAAGCUUGCAGGACUUGAGAGGUGUGGCAAGAGCUGCAGGCUGAGGUGGAUAAACUACCUGAGGCCAGACCUCAAGCGGGGCACAUUCUCGCAGGAGGAGGAGGACCUCAUCAUACACCUCCAUUCCAUGCUAGGAAACAAGUGGUCACAGAUUGCCGCGCAGCUGCCCGGCCGGACGGACAACGAAGUCAAGAACUUCUGGAACUCAUACAUCAAGAAGAAGCUGAGGGAGCGCGGCAUCGACCCCGCCACCCACAAGCCGCUGGCCGAGGCCACCACCACGUCGCCCACCGCGUGCCGAGCGGUCUUCAGCGAUGCCGAGCUCGUCCCAACAACGGCGGCGCUGGCCCAGGACCAGCUCGGGCCGACCGACACCAUCUCCGGCCACGUCGACCAAUACGCCGGCGCUCUGGGCGAGCUCAGGUGGUCUGACUACUUUGACGGCGCCCUGCAGGGGCAGUGCGUCUACGACAGCGGCAUGGUCGACGACGACGCUGUGCAGUUCGACGACGUCCAUGGGUUAAGCAGCUGGUGCUAA